AUGGGUCAUCUCCCCCAAGCAGCAUCCCCUAGUAACCCAAACGGCGCAUCUGCGCAAGGCCUGCAUGAGGGCUGCCCUCCGGUGGAUCCGACCUCUCGGCUCGUUGAGUUGCAGCAUCUAAAGUAUGACGAUGUUGAGAUUCCUGGCCACCACCUUGAGCAUAAAGAUUCGUACCCGGACUUCAUCACGAUAGCGCGAUUUUCCCCAACAGUUCAUCUUUGCUGUGGAAACUCUUUUUGCUUUCGGCAAAUCACCUUCAUUGGCCACGACCACGACGGCUUCAAACGGCCGCUCUCUCGGUUUGUGAGCCAUGCCUUGAGUUCUGAUGGAUAUUCGGAUGAAGGAAAGUCGGAGAAGGAUUCUAACAUUCCACAUCCCGAUUGCACUGCCCAUGACGCCCUCGCUAAGACCGCUUGA